AUGGUAAAAUAAACAGUUAAAGUUGAUCCAUAGUUAAUAAAAUAAGGCUUUUAGAUUAAUGAGCUUACUAUGGGAGAUGCUGAUACAGGCAAUAAGCUUUGGGUGUGCUAAGACUCUCAAUAAUUGAUAAACAGCGAAAAAGAAAUUUAGGCAAAUAUCCCAAAAGAAAUAUUAUAAUGUAAAUCAGUGAGUAGAGAUAUUAACUUCUCUUCAGCUCAUACGAUAAAAAAAUUAAGCUUAAAGUAAAUAUUUAGUUUGAAUGGUUAGCCUAUCGAGCAAUUCUCAUUUGAUUUUGGAUUUGUAAUUCCAGGAUCUACAAAUAAUUGGUAAUCAAUAAUUUAAGCAUCCGAAGAGAUGAUUCCUGUUGAAAUUUUAAGUGGAAAUUUGGUGGUCGAAACAAAAUUUUAUGAUGAAGAUAAUCUUAUUUGUUCUAUAAAUGUUCGCAUAUUUUAUGUUUGA